UGUUAAUUGCUCAAAAUAAUGAAAAGGUAUAUUGUGUAUCUGUACCAAUACAAGGUCCGACUCAAGUUCAUCAGAUAGAUCCUCCAAGUAAUUAAUCAUGUUAAUGUUUUAGGAAAAAAGCCAAAAGAGAUCAUCGAAAGAAUUCAAGUUCAUCGAGCAGCUCAAGAAGUACAUUUCAUAUUUAAAUUGUACCAGGAGACAAGAAGAAGAAACAGAAAAAGGAGAAGAAAGAGAAGAAGGAAAAGAUUUCAUAAAGUAAUUCAAACUUUGUGAAUUUAGAUAUUGUGGCAUCAUAAAAGUUGUAUAUAAUUGUGAUUGUUUAGAACUUAAAGAUCAAGAUCUAGAUCUAAGUCGAAAUCAAAGUCUCAUUCAAAAUCAAAACCAAAAGAUGACCCAAACAUUAUAAAAAAAGGAAGGG